UAUUGUUCCCGUUGAUGCUAACCAACUUUUGGGCUAAUUACAGCCGUAGAAAGUCAUCAACUUUUAAUCUCAGCCGUUUAAAGUCUCUAAAUUCCUUCUAGAAGCAGCGGUUCUCGGCAGUUCAGCACUCUCUCACCCAUGAUCUUGCGGUUUUCUGCAGUUUAUCAAGAUGUACCAAUCAGAAAUGCAGGUUGCAAUGCGGUUUAAAAUGUGUUCCUUAUUUUCAGGGAGUUAGUGGCAACACAUCUGCAGCAAUGGAUAUCUCGGAUGACUUCGUGGACAUUUAUGAAGAAGAUCAGCCUGCAAAGAAACUGGGUUUUGAUGCAAUGACACCGAAGAAGAAUCAAAUAUGCAGCCCAAUGAAAGAUUCUCCGAAGACGGACAGUGGAAGUGUAGAGAUCAUUUCAUAUGGACAGUAUUUUAGUCCAUUCAAAUCUGAAAUGCAUAGGGAGGUUAUUGAACAGUUUCAGAACAUAGAAAAGCAAGCUAAAAGAAAGCAUGCGCUCCUAACUUGGAAAUGGGAUGAGGUCAUUGAUAUUACCCAAAGUGAAGAUUCGAAUGGUCAGAAAGAUGAUUCUAAGGCAAAACAACAAGAUGAUUUGGAGUCUGAGUUAAGUGAUACAGCAGACUCUUUGGAUAGUCCAUUGAAAAGAUCAAAGAUUCCACGUAUAUCUAAAAAUUGCAACGAUCAUGUUGGAUGGGUUGAAUUUUAAGUUUACUCAGUUUAAGUCCUGUUUGUCAUAGUCAUCUUUUAUGUUUUGCCUUUCAAGUCAGUGUUUGUUAAGGUUUGUUUGUUCAUCUAUUUUUAGUUUAAUUGUA